AGCCCAACAACAAGUUUGCUCAAAGUCUACAGUCAACUGCUUAAAAUUAAAAAUCAAUUUCCUACGGUUUUAUUCAAGUGUCGUAACUUCAAAUGUCCAGAAAACUAUUCUUAUCACUUGUCACCCUGAUAUUGUUGUGGCAAAUUUUAAUAUGUGAAGUGCAUACCUAUGAUCCCAACGAUAAGAAAAUCGCCUCUGUCAUACCACCAGAAGGCAUGUUUGAGGCCUUCUAUCCUAGAGAAGUGGAUGGGGUGCCCAAUGGAGCAUCGCGAGCACCCCAUGCCCAUGGCAGUUUCUUCAAAUAUCGAAAUCCUGCCUUGGUGGAUACCAAAAAUGCAGCAGCCUAUGGUUAUCGAUUUGAUGGCAAACGACGAUUCAAUUUUGAUUGA